CUGUCUCUUCUCUCUCUAAUCUCUAGUGUCAUUUCAUUUUGUCAAGUCUUAAUAUUUAAGGUUAUUUUUAAUCCCUUGUUUGUUGAAAUUACAAUUAUAUAAGCAAAGUUUGUUUUUGAAAAUAUAAUGAUAGAAGGAGAAGAGGAGUGUGAAUUACAACAACUUGUCCCUAGUGAAGAGGAACACAACAUGGGUGAGAGAUGUGGAGAAAUAACACCUCCAGUUACUCCUACUGUUUCAAGAUUAGCUCAAAGAUCACCAGCUCCUUCCAAUACAAAAACUAUGACUGCCACUGGAACAAGCGUCAGUAGCAAUAGAGGUCCUCCGAGCCAGAGUUCAUCCAAUCAGAGUUCUCGAUCCAUCAGUAGGAUAGCAUCAGCCCCAAGCGCUGUGUCCUCCACUCACGCCACUAGUUCAGGAGUUGGAGGAGGGUACUUACAUGAGAAAUUGCGGACAAGACCACCAAGACCUCUCCCUCCACAAAUUUCUACUCGAAACCUCAACGUGAAAAGAGUUGCUCCUUUAGAACGGACGGUUCACCAUCACUGUUUUCUAUCAGAUGUUACGGAUGUGAGAAGAAUGGAAACUGCCUUGCUUCAUCUCUUGGAAGAUUUUCACUCAGGAAAACUACGAGCUUUUGGCAAAGACUGCAGCAUGGAACAGAUGACAGGUAUCCGUGAGCAGCAGGAGCGACUAGCGAGGCUACACUUUGAGUUGGGAGCUCAACAAGAACUGUUCACUCCACUGAGCGAGGAGGGCUUGCGACAGGGUAGCGAGAACAUGAGUGCGCUCAUGACCAGCCUUGAACAACUGAGCGAGAGUAUCGAGCGGCUACAUUCCUUCAACAGCUGAAGUGUGAUGCUCGAUGUGCUGUGUUCAAUUGUUAGGAGGGACGAACGCUGUUCCAGCCACCUCCUGUGCUUAUUUUCAUUUUGUGUUUAAUUACCCCACCGGUUUAAUAUCUAUUUCAUAAAUGAGUGUUUGGAGGAAAGGGUAGUAGGCUUUGGAAUACAUUGAGGAAGGAGGAAAGAAUACACUUAUAUAUGUUAAGAGUUUACAGUGCUUGACAGCGCAAAAGGUUUACCUCCCCUCCCUUGUUGGGGCAUAGUAUCAAACUGCCUGAAACUUAUUCCUUGGUUAUGUUAGUUGUGUUUUGUUUGUGAUGGAUUGAUUUAUUCUCUGGUUAGGCUGUUGAUGAUUUGGCGCUAUUCAAACGUAUACAUUAGUUACAAAUUUUCCAUCACCAGAGGAUGGUAAGUUGAGAAUAAGAGAUUUAUAAAGGUUUGUAUUUAGUUAAAUUGAAUAUGAAAAAUAUAUUAACUCUUUUUACUUGUGGGCAGAAUAAUAAUUUUUAUUUCGUCUGGUAUAAAUAACCAAGUUUUAAUUAAUUUUAUUUACUGGUACUAUAAAAUAUAUGUUUUUAAAGCUUAUUUUUUUGCGACUAAGCAGGAGCAGCCAGUGGCGGAUACACAGAAGGGCUAUAGACCACUCCAUUUAUAUGUCCUAAUUUACGCUAGAAAACCAUUAAGUAAACACAUAUAAGAGGGGACAGGUAAUGCUAAAAGUUGUUACCGAUUUUGGUGACGUAGUUUGGGUCGCUGACACUUGUUUCCCGGUAGUCAGUCUGUAGUACAGUGUGCCUCUGAGCACUUUUAAAUCAUUUAGUAUUAAAAAUGCAUUAUAAAAUAACAAAACUACGACUAAACAAACAAAUUUCACCAAUAAAAACCACAUUUAGGCCUAACAACCUAAAAUAAACUCAAUAUUAAAACAAAUCGAAUCUGACUUACACCGACAUGCCCGAGGUAGCAUAGUUCGGGACGUUGACUCUACUCUGCAUCAGCGCUGUUCAGGUAACGACAGCCCCUAUUGAGUGUCUACUUUAGUAGGUGUAUAAUCAAUGACAAAACAGUACUUUCAUACAGGGUCGCCACAGGACUUCUAGUACAAAAAAUCACAAAUUUUCUCAGACACGGACAUCAUUUUUGUAGAUAACAAGUGCACGAUUUUACCAAGGGUCUGCUGGUCCCUGCUAUUUUUGGGACCCACAAUGUGAAGAUGCACGAUCAAAAAUUUGUAUUUUCGUUGCAAUCGUGGGUGAUGUUCACUGUUUUACCGCAAUUGUGGAACAUAAUGAAAUCGAUGUGACGAUGGAAGAUGGUUACGAUUUUGACAUGACGAUUUCGCUGAGACCUCUUAAGAUGUUCUCGAUCUCACCAACUGCAAUCAAGGAAGGUGUUUAUGAUUUUACCAUGACUGUGGAAAAAAUUCACAAUUUUGCUGUAACUGGGGAAGAUCUUCACAACCUAUAUGUGACUGCAGAAGACCUUCUCGAUUUUCCUGUGGCCACUUAGUGUUUUUGACCCAUCCCCAAUGAUCCAAGUAUAUAUAAUCAUACAAUAAAUAAACUUAAAAUGUACUUAUACACCACAGAUCUGAAAUAUUUAUAUAUUUAAAUAUCUGAGGAUGUAUCCUAACUCCUACCCCUUGUUGCUGAAUCCUGAAUCCCCCACUGGGGGAAGCCAUUUUUGGACUUAUUUCGACGGAAUAUGAGUUUGCAGUAAAUGCUUUUUAGCUUUGAGUAUGACUGUCUCCUAUGAAGAACUAUUGAUAUUUGUAAGUAACAAUAAUUGGGCCUACCUCCUGUACAUAAAAUGUGGUAUACCUUUUUGGAUUGUGUUAUUAAAAAGUUAUUUAUUUAUUACCUACUUGUGGCAUGUAGAUAGAUUUAUACAAUUUAUAUUUGUUGUAGAAAAUAGUUAAUAAAUAAAAUUAUUCCA